AUGAUCACCUUCACCCCGCUCUCUGGCGCUGCGCGCGCGUCCAAGACAACCCCCCUCUGCUACCUUCUCCAGAUCGACGAUGUCAGAAUAUUAAUCGACUGCGGCUCGCCGGACUGGAACCCCGAGCCCUCUCCGUUUGAACCAUCCGAGGAAACUCAAGAACAGGCGCCAUGGACCGAGUACUGCGACGCCGUUCAAAAAGUCGCGCCGACAGUAGAUCUGAUUCUUCUUUCUCAUGGAGAUCUCGCUCAUUGUGGGCUUUAUCCCUGGGCACACGCGAGAUGGGGACUCAAGGCGCCAGCAUAUACUACGCUACCCGUGCAGGCAAUGGGCCGAAUAGCGGUCACUGAAGACGUCGAAGGGAUUCGGGAUGAAGAAGAUAUAGGCGACGAGCCAACUGAAAAACCCGACGGCAACGACACUCAAGAACAGGUCGAAGUCUCACGCGAAACUCCACCUCCAGGCAAGAACCCCAAGGGCAAGUGUAUACCAACCGUGAUCGAAGUACAGGAUGCUUUCGAUUCGAUGAACACGCUGAGAUAUUCACAACCAACCCAUCUUCAAGGAAAGUGUCAAGGGUUAACCAUUACUCCAUUCAAUGCGGGCCAUACACUCGGAGGCACAAUCUGGAAGGUUCGGUCGCCCUCUUCUGGCACGAUCAUAUAUGCGGUCAACGUGAACCACAUGCGCGAACGUCAUCUGGAUGGAACAGUUCUUAUCCGACAGGCAGCUGGUGGCAUAUUCGAGCCAUUGGCACGACCAGACCUGUUAAUUACCGACGCCGACCGUGCUUCUGUCAUAACAAGCAGAAGAAAAGAUCGGGAUGCCGCCCUUAUUGAUACAAUUACCUCCACCCUCUCUUCUCGUUCAUCGCUCCUCCUUCCUUGCGAUUCGAGCACUCGCAUUCUGGAAUUGCUUGUACUACUCGAUCAACACUGGAACUUUUCCCGGCUCCGAUACCCAAUAUGUCUCCUGUCACGCACAAGUCGUGAGAUGCUGACUUUUGUGAGAAGUAUGAUGGAAUGGUUGGGUGGUACCAUCAGUAAAGAGGACGUUGGAGAAGAAGGGACAAAUUCGCGACAGAACAAACGUCGGCGGGAUGAAGAUGCGGACGACGAUGCUUUGGGUGCUUUUGCCUUGAGGUUUAAACACUUGGAGUUCUUCCCGAAUCCUCAAGCUCUUUUGCAAACAUACUCUUCCAAGGAUCCCAAGCUGAUACUUGCUGUCCCAGCAUCCCUCUCCCACGGCCCGUCAAGGCACAUGUUUUCUGACUUCGCAGCGGUGUCGGACAACGUUAUCCUGUUGACCGGCAGAGGCGAGGAGGGUACAUUGGCGCGAGCGUUAUUUGACAAAUGGAACUCCUCUCAACGGCCAGAAGACAGGUGGGACAGCGGUAAAAUAGGACGGAAUGUCAUGCUGGAAGGUACAAUCAAGCUCACGAUGAACCGAAAAGUCCCGCUCUCAGGACUUGAGUUGGAAUUGUACCAACAAAAGGAACGUGCUGCUAGAGAAAAGGAAGCCGCUCAUCAAGCACAGCUUGCGCGCAACCAACGCAUGUUGGAGGCCGAUGAAGAUGACAGUGACUCGGAUUCGGAUUCGGAGUCAGACGACGAAGCUGAAGUAAGGGACGCGCUCGGAGGAGACUCGACGGAUACGAUGCGCGAUGACGCUGGGGAAGGCGGAGAAAGGGGAAAGAAAUCUGAAAGAGGGGUCGACAAUACUGACUGGUAUGAUGGCGACGAGGGCCUGACGAAACAGCUACUAUCUUUCGAUAUCUAUCUCAAAGGCAACGUCUCGAAGUCGACCUCGUUCUUCAAGAGCACUGGCCAAAGCCAGCGGUUCAGGAUGUUUCCUUAUGUCGAGAAGAAACGGAAAGUUGACGAUUAUGGUGAAACCAUCGACGUCGGGAUGUGGCUAAGGAAAGGAAAGGCUCUCGAGGAAGAGGCAGAGAGUGAGGAGAUGAAGGACUACAAGCGACGAGCUUUGGCUGAGGAGGAUGUGAAGAAAGCUAUCAAGGAGACUCCAUCCAAAUAUAUCACCAAUGAGGUCGAGAUACAACUGGCUUGCAGGUUGCUCUUCAUUGACAUGGAAGGGUUAAACGACGGUCGGGCCGUCAAGACCAUUGUUCCUCAAAUUAUCGUUCAUGCUCCAUCGGAUGCAACCGACGCGCUUAUCGAAAGCUGUAGGAACAUUCGAUCGAUGACGAAGGGCAUAUUUGCUCCUCAGGUUGGAGAAAGCAUUCAGAUCGGUCAACAAACGAACAGCUUCUCCAUAAAUAUCACCGAUGAACUGUUGGCAGCUCUGAAAAUUUCUAGGUUCGAGGACAAUGAAAUUGCGUAUGUCCGAGGACGUGUCUCUGCGCACGCAACAUCAACGAUCCCAAGCUUGGAACCUGUGUCGUCAAUUCCUGUCCAAGCCGACCCUGCAAGUCACCCUCAAGCGCAAGGCCAACGCAUGCUCGGCUCAAGACCACAAGUGCCAGUUCCUCAGUCAACAAUGAUUGGCGAGCUUAAGCUUACGGCCUUGAAGUCUCGUCUAGCUUCCGUUGGGGUGCAAGCUGAGCUCAUUGGGGAGGGCGUUUUGAUCUGUGGAACAUCAGGUAAGGGUUCGUCUGACGCGCUGGGGGGAUCGGUGGCUGUCCGGAAAUUGGCAAAGGGAAAGAUCGAGUUGGAAGGCAGUGUUUCUGAGGUUUACUAUAUUGUACGACGCGAGAUCUAUAAUCUACACGCCCUUGUAGCUGCAUAG